UUAGUCUUCCUCUUAACCCUGCAAGGCUAUACGUAUCGAACUUUUUUUGCAAUUCUGACUCUCAUACAGUUUAUAUGUAUAGAUCCUCUAAUUAUCCCACGCAGUUACAAAGAACAUUCAAUGUUUUAUUUUGAAAAGAUUUGACCAGAAGAACACUAGAGUCCGCCUGUUGCUACAUUUAUCAGCCGUGUUCGGGCUGCAGUCUCAGAAAUACUUACUAUAUGGCCGUGGAGAUUUAUACAUUCAUCAAGAUCGAGGGCUACAUCAGUCCGAGAAGUUAACAUCGUCCGGGUGAGGCACCACUUCCUGUUUGAGAAGCGCGGAGACAAUUGGAACGCGGUGGUGCUUGGUGAACUCCCGGAAAACACUUCCAACAGUUUAAUGAUCUGUGGAUGACUGUGGUCAUAUACAAUAUAUGGAAACAAUGACAGGGACGGGUUACUUCAAAAUGCUCUCACAAGUUCUGAAAGACGCCCUUCCUGUCAUCACCUGCGGGGGCUUCACUGUGGUUCUGCUAUCGUGCGUUUUGUUUGGUGUCCAGACAUAUUUCAGCCUAACCCCGGGGCUGCUCGGCGUCGGCGCCGUCGUUUUCCAAAGCGGACACAUCCACCGGCUCUUCGUGUACCCCCUCUGCCACACCACCUUCGCCCAGCUGCUCCUGAACGCCGCAGCCCUGCUGUUCCUCGGCGGCAGCUUGGAGAGAGGUAUCGGCACGGUGCGCUUCCUGCUCGUCUUCCUGCUGCUGUCGUCCGGCACCGGCCUGUGCUACAGCCUCCUGGAGCUGCUGCUGCUGCUGCUGCUGCAGGGCGACGGCGACGGCGGCGGCCAGAGACGCGCCGAGGGGCUGGUGCCGGCGGCGCUGGCCUGCGUGGCUCUGACCACCGCGCACUCAAAGAUGACGAGGGGCUUCCUGUGUGGGCUCAGUUUCCCCACCGUGGCGCUCCCCUGGGUGCUCCUCGUGGUCGCCACCGCCUUCGUGCCCCACUGCGUGCUCCCCUGCAACAUCGUCGCCGUCCUGAUUGGGUGGCUGUACGGGAGAGGCUGGUUCUCCCUGCUGCACGUGUCCGAGGCCAGGGCCGCUGUUGUGGAGAAGACGCCGCCCUUCAGGUGGAUGAGGAGCGUCUGCGGCGGCACGUUUGUCCCCGCGUCAGCGGAGGAAAGGAGGAAGACACUGCUGCCAGAGAUCAACCCAACACCUGGGUCCUACCCAGUCCAGGCGUACGCUCCGUUGUCCAGCGUUAACGCCGCCGAUGCCUCGAUGUACGAGGGCUGGCCGAACUCCACCGGCACACCACCUCUCCAUCCUCACGCACAUGGGUCAACACACAGCCCUGGGCCAAGGCACGGCCACAGCAGCUGCAACCACCAUCACCACCAUGCUCAUAGUCAUGGCUGACCAAAUAUGCAAAGAGGACAUAUUCUAUAUUAUUGCUGCUGUAAAUGCCACUCCUAAACCACAAGAAAUGGUGGUACACGUUCUGCAUCUUGUCACUGAAAUGUGUGGGACUACAAAGUCAAAUUCUUGGUCUGAGAGCAAUGUGACUGACAACUGACAAUUUGAUUUACCUUCAUGAGAGAUCAAGUGACAUUCUUCUGAAUGUUACAGGUUACUUUUUGUACAUAAGAUUACAUUUCAUACACUGUAUUUUGUAUUGUUUGUUACUUAUAUCUACAAAAAAACAAAAACAUUUGUCUCCAGACUCCAAUUUACAUGUGGAAACCAUUGUUGUUGCAUAAAGGUAAUAUUGUGCACGCCCUGACCUAUAUUUAUGCUUGGUUCAAGAUAAAAUAGUGCUUAUUCACACACUGAGACAACUUACCUUAUACCAGGUAUGCCAUGGCCUUUUUUUGAAACUGAUUAUGUCCUGCUGAUGUCAUGGUCAAGUUUAAUAAUUAAUCAUUAUUUAUUGUUUUAUUUUUGUGAUCCUUUUGAAACAAUUUUAAGGUUUUUAAAUUAUAGAUCUUCUGGGUAAUAUUGUAAACAUUGUGUCACUUCAUCAUGAUGUCAGCAAGAUGACUUAUUGGCACUUUGUGUCAUGUAGACUAUUGAAGUUUUGAGAACCUAAAUCGUGACAAUUUCUUUUUCAACUUUUCAACUCUAAAUAGUUGGUAAAAAAUUCCCCCUAUACCAAUGCUUUUAUUAAAAGAUGAACAAAAUAAUCAACAAACUAUCACUAGCUUGUGAGAGUGCAUGCAAGUUGCACUGUAAUAGCAGUCAACACUGUUUUUUGGUUGUUAUUUACAUUUUAUAUUUGUACGGAUAAAAAAAAGGUACAUUAAAUCCAAAUCAAUGCCAAA